CAAGAAAGCUGCCCCUACAAGUAAAAUUAAAAAGACCAACUUGGCAGAAGACCAUGAGAUCAAAUAAUAGCAUCCAAGCAGCCAUUGACCUUACAGCAGGAGCCGCAGGUGGGACGGCAUGCGUGCUAACAGGUCAGCCAUUUGACACAGCCAAGGUGAAAAUGCAGACAUUCCCCAGCCUAUACAGGGGACUCAUGGACUGUGCUGUGAAGACUUACAAACAAAUGGGACUCACGGGUUUCUACAAGGGCACCAGCCCGGCUCUUCUGGCAAAUAUAUCUGAGAAUUCAGUGCUUUUCAUGAGCUACGGGUUUUGCCAAAAAGCUGUGAGGAGGAUUGUUGGCUUGGACAAGAACGCGGAACUGAAUGACUUGCACAAUGCCACCGCGGGUUCAUUUGCAGCUGCAUUCGCUGCUCUGGCUCUUUGUCCUACAGAGCUGGUGAAAUGUCGCCUACAGGCCAUGCAUGAAAUGACGUUGUCAGGCAAGGUGACAGUGGGACAGAACACAGUGUGGUCAGUAGUGAAAAGCAUCCUUCGCACUGAUGGUCCAAUGGGAUUCUACCAUGGCCUGUCCAGCACAAUGCUUCGAGAGGUCCCUGGCUACUUCUUUUUCUUUGGUGGCUAUGAACUGAGUCGCUCCUGUUUUGUGACUACAGGAAAAACAAAAGAUGACCUAGGCAUUGUCCCUCUCAUUAUUAGUGGGGGGGUUGGAGGAAUCUCUCUCUGGCUGGUCGUAUUUCCAGUUGACUGUGUUAAAUCCAGAAUCCAAGUUCUUUCCAUGACAGGAAAGCAGGCAGGCUUCCUCAGUACCUUUGGAAGGAUUUUGCGGAAUGAAGGCGUAAUGGCUCUGUACUCUGGACUGAAACCCACCCUAAUCCGAGCUUUCCCUGCCAAUGGAGCACUGUUUGUAGCCUACGAAUACAGCCGGAAAGUGAUGAUGAAACAGUUUGAUGCGUAAUCAUGGUCAAGUGACCCGCAUUGAGAAAGCUGCAUGUGAUCCAUGAUCAAACAAACUGGGAGAAAUUAUCAUCAGGAACAGGACAAAGGUCUCUUCAUGCCCUAUGUCUGCGCUCCAGUGACAGGCUGGAUUACGUAGCUUGGGACUGAAUAUAAAACACAUUGACACUAUUAAUAAGCCACAAGUAUUUCAUUGUAUGAAAGAGCAUGCAGUAGUAAUGUUGUGUAUAUGGCAACGCACAGGGCAAAACUCUACCUGCACUGUUCCUUUGCAUCUGCUCAUGAGUCUAGAACAGUGUGUAAGUGGGGCAGCUGUGGGGCCAACGUUAUGGGAACCACCCCCGCGACUUUUUAUGUUACACUUUCAUAAGAAACAACUAAUAUAUUUUUAAUUUACUCUUUAAUAUAAAUAUAAUUUCUCAAAAAAAA